ACCAGAAGAUUGGAGAAAGAAACUAAAUCUGAUUUUUUACGACGCCGGUGAUGGGAGCGUCCACUUCGGCGGAGCCGCGGGUUUCGGCGGAACAGCGGGAGGCGGAAACGGUUGCAGCCUCCACCGGAGCUCUUCCCAUGCUUCAGAAAGCUUUCUCUAAACUCGCCAAUCCCGAAACGAACGAUGUUCCCUUAGAAAAACUACAGCAAUGCUUAGGUUUCUCUCGCGAAGGUCGAAGUAAUCAUGCAGGAAACGUGCCUGAUUUGUUUGCGGUGUUGUUGGAUCACUUAGGUUCAUCCCUGGUUGAUCAAUUUUUCGUGGCUGAUAAAGGAGGAAUAAGUUGGUUUGAAUUUGUGAAAGGUUAUAACAAGUGCUGUGCUAGGGUGUCUGCUUCAAUUUCACUGAAUAUGCUUGUCAGAGUGUUCCUUGCUGUGACUGGAAGAGGAAAUGUUACUCUGCAUUUGGAGUUUGAAUCUGGGGAUGCUGAUUGUAAGAUCGACGGUUACCUUCUUCCUAGUCAUGUGUUUAUGCUUCUUUUCAUGUGUUGGGCUAUGUCAUGGGAUUGUAGAAAUUUGAAAGGGAAAGGAAGUCUCAGUCUGCCAGAUUUGAAUCAUUUGGUGUUGUCCGUCAUUACAUCGUGUGUAAAAGUUGAGGGUGGCUUGAAUGUAUGGGAUUGUGACAUCUCGAGCUUGGAACUUCAACUUCCUGCAGGGAAGUUUAUUACAUGGGUUAUGAGUACGGUGCCAUGCCUCCCGGAUUGCUUAAGACAGUAUUUUCAUGCAAGAUUGCAAAUGACAGUGACUGCAGGGGAUGAAUUGGCAUCCUCUGAUUCCUCCUCUGUUGGAGAUAUUUCAUCAGCAGCUGCAUGUGAUUAUAUUUUAACCCAAGGAAGGGCGUGGGCAAUUUCUAUUACACAGAAAAGUCCAGUAAAUGAAGAGAUUUCUAGAGCAUUGAUUAGCAGUGGAGGUGGAACAGAUGAAAUCCUUAUUUAUCGGUCAUCCGCUCAUGGAAGAGGCCUCAACAGAUUUUGGUCUCGUGUUGAAGGUUACAAAGGUCCGAUGCUAAUUUUGGUUGCUGCAAGUUCAGGAGAUGCUCAUGAGGGAAAUUCGAUUAAUAGGAAAUGGGUUCUAGGUGCCCUAACAGAUCAAGGUUUGGAAAAUAAAAACAUUUUCUAUGGAAACUCUGGAUGUUUGUAUUCUAUAAGCCCAGUUUUUCACGUAUUCCCACCUACUGGUAAGGAAAAGAAUUUUGUUUAUAGCCACUUGCAUCCCACUGGUAAAGCAUACCAGUCACAUCCAAAGCCGGUGGGAAUCGCAUUUGGAGGAACACCUGGAAAUGAGCGAAUAUUUAUUGAUGAAGAUUUUUCGAAAGUGACUGUUCGCCAUCAUGCUAUUGACAAAACUUACCAGAGCGGUUCCCUCCUUCCAGAUCAGGGUUUCCUACGUAUUGAAGCUCUGAUUUCAGAAGUUGAAGUUUGGGGACUUGGUGGGAAAGUGGCAAAGGAGGUGCAAAACUCAUAUAAGAAGAGAGAGGAACUUUUCACUGAACAAAGACGAAAAGUUGACUUGAAGACUUUUGCGAGCUGGGAAGAUUCCCCUGAGAAAAUGAUGAUGGACAUGAUGUCUGAUCCAAAUGCUGUUCGAAAGGAAGACCGCUGAGUUGGACCAUGCAACUUUGCCUUGCUUAGUGCAGGCACACGCACGGAACAAAUUUCAUGUUUUAUCUUGUGAUUUAUCAGGCUUGUGAUCCCCAAGUCGCUGUACAGAAUAUAGAAAAUUUGUAUUUAAACAAAUAUCGUGUCAUAAUAAUUUUCUUCUAAAGUACAAUGUGGCGUUUAUGUGUGCUUACAGUAUCCUCGUCAAGUGUACGAAACAUGUGAUCGAGGCUUGGCUUUAGGAGAAAAUGACUUCCUUGUUUCUAAUCGUUUCACACUAUUAUGUGCAUUACAAGUCAAUUGAGGAACAUGGCUGCAAUGUAUGUCACUAGAAAUCCUGGAUCGAGAUAGCUAUUGUAUCUAGUGCGUGUUAAUAAAAUG